GGUAGUGCCGUCAUUUCUUGAUUUGCCUUAGAGCUUUACUCUGCUUCUGUUCAGUUCCUUGUUUGUGUCUGCAUAACACAAACAAUUGCAAAUACAUAAUCAAUCAAUAGAUUAUACAUAUGUGAAAGAGCAGAAACUUCCGCGUCUUAGUAGUAAUUUCUUCGGAUUAUGUGUGUAUAUAUAGGUGUACAGUGAUUUGUGAAUUUUUUGAUUGUUGAUUGUGUGAAGGGAGAUACUCCGAUGGCAGCUACGACGAUGGCGACGGCGGCCGGGGCGGUUGUGCUGCUGUACUACGUACUGAGCCGACGGAUGUCAUCGGCUGCGGAGGGAGAAGAUUCCGGCGGCGGCGAUUAUUCGAAAUCCAAGAGUAGAUCGGAGAAGAAAAGGUUGUCGCGGAGGCCAGCUCAGGCGCCAGCUACUUGGCUGGAGACGAUUUCCACGCUGGCGGAGACUCUGAGGUUUACAUACUCGGAGACGUUGGGGAAAUGGCCGAUCGGUGACUUGGCUUUCGGAAUUAAUUAUCUUAUUCGCAGGCAGGGUAAUUUACAAGUUGCAAGAGUGUAUGCUGGUGAAAAUUCUGUGCGACUGAAGGGCCCUGAGAUCAUUGAUCAAUUGUAUUACUAUUUGAAAUUGCUGACUUUAUGCAUGCUUUUCUCCAAGAAGCCCUUUCCAGUAUUUUUGGUAUCUGCUGGAUUCUCGGAGGCAAAUGUUCUUCUUCAGAAGCCCAAAGCAGGGAUUCUGAAGCCUGCCUUUACAAUUUUAUGUGAUGAAAAGUCAAAGUGCUUCCUUCUCUUGAUUCGCGGUACUCACAGCAUUAAAGAUACAUUGACCGCAGCAACAGGUGCAGUGGUCCCCUUUCACCAUUCAGUUUUGCAUGAUGGUGGCAUAAGCAAUCUAGUUUUGGGAUACGCACAUUGUGGGAUGGUUGCUGCAGCUCGGUGGAUAGCUAAGCUAAGUACUCCAUCUUUGCUCAAGGCUCUUGAACAAAAUCCUGACUAUGAGGUGAAGAUUGUUGGCCAUUCACUUGGUGGUGGUACAGCUGCAUUGCUAACAUACAUUCUUCGGGAACAAACUGAAUUUUCUGCAACAACUUGUGUUACUUUUGCACCAGCUGCCUGCAUGACAUGGGAGUUGGCAGAAUCAGGGAAAAACUUCAUUACCACAAUAAUCAAUGGUUCUGAUCUGGUUCCUACAUUUUCAGCUGCUUCUGUGGAUGAUCUUCGUUCAGAGGUAACAGCAUCGUCUUGGUUAAAUGAUCUCCGUGAUCAAGUUGAGCGCAACAGAGUUUUGAAUGUCAUCUAUCGAUCUGCCACUGCACUUGGUUCCCGUCUACCAUCAAUAUCAAAUGCAAAGGCAAGGGUUGCUGGUGCAGGUGCACUUUUACGCCCUGUCUCAAGCAGCACUCAGGUUGUGAUGAAACGUGCACAAGAUGUGGCCCAGGCGGUUGUUAAGACUCGCUCUUCUAUAUCAUCAUGGACAUGCAUGGGUCCCCGACGACGUGCUAAUGCCCCUUCAUCAAAUUCUGUAACAGAUGACUUGCCUGAGCUUCCUCUUAUCACUGCAAGAACAUCAGAAUCUCUUGUAACAGAAGUAAUAAGCAGCAAUUCUGACAUAAAUAAUGCAGACUAUUGUUCUUCAAGCGGCACUGAAACUACGCACGACGAGACUGAUGAAGAUGAAGAUCUCAUUCAGGUGGAUAAAGUAGUUUCCACAUCCACCAUUGAGGAGAUUACUGAAGGUCAGUUGUGGUAUGAACUGGAGAAAGAACUCAAGAGGCAGGGGAGUGAAGUUGAUGCCCAAGUCCAGGAAGAAGAAGAGGCUGUGGCAAAGGAAAUAACUGAAGAGGAGAAGGUAUUUGCAGACGCUGUUGAAAGCCAUACUCCCAUCUCUUCAUCAGAUGUUUCUGACAAUCACCACUUCUACCCUCCUGGCCGAAUAAUGCAUAUAAUCUCUGUACCUCUGACUGAGUCAACCGAUCAAAGUCAUGAUGACCUGGCUGAAGAGCAAGUUGGGAUAUACGAGACACCAAGAGAUUUAUACAGUAAGCUCCGACUGUCAAGGACUAUGAUAAAUGAUCAUUAUAUGCCAAUGUACAAGAAAAUGAUGGAACUAUUGAUUAAACAGCUAGAAGAUGAGUUAGAUUCUGGUUAUGUGGUGGAUAGAUGAGCCCGAGCAUAUACAUCGGUUGUGCCUGCAAUUGGCAAGUAGAAAUUGUUGUAAUACUGAUUGUAUGGGGGACUCUGUCUAGAGUAUGUAUAUCCUAAUGUGAAAAGUGGAGUGCUUUAACGCUCUGCAGAAUGGAUGUAUACCUAAAAGGCUAUUGGCUUUUAA